GGGUUCUAGCCAAGAAAGGGAAAUAAAGCGGUGGCCUUAUCCUGGAAAAUGCGGUUUUCCGGACCGUGAGAUAUGAUGAAUCCAAAGCUGACAAGCACACGAGCAGCAAAACACCAACGGGCCGGGGCCCCCGCGUCGCUCUCGCGUUCCACUCGCACGCACGCAGAUCACGAACAAAAGAGCUCCUGAACGAAGCCCGCCGCCGCACGAUGGCACAUGGAGCAGCAGCAUCAGGCGGCGCCGCCUCCGCCUCCGCCGCUGCGCGGGCGAGCAGAGGCGCGCCGGGGACGUGGAGGCGGGUGCGGAGGGCGGCGCGGGAGGCGGCGGCGCACGCGCUGCUGCUCUGCUUCACCACCCUCCUCGCCCUCAAGCUCGACGGCGUUUUCGUCUCCCGCUCCUGGUGGGUGUUUUUCACUCCUCUGUGGUUAUUCCAUGCUGCCGUUGUUCGGUAUAGAUUCUCAUUGCCUGCUCCUUUGUUGCUUCAAAAUUACCAGGUGUGUCCGUUAGCUUUGCUCCAAAUUCAUUCUUCCAUUCUGAAGUUGAAAUGUCUGGCAGCAAGUAAAUUAGACUAUUCAACUUUACAGCGGAUUCCAUGCCAUUCCAUUGUUGCCACACCCUUGCUAGUUGCUUUUGAACUUCUUCUCUGUAUCUACCUUGAAGGCCAGGGUGAACCUUUUCUAGAUUUAAAGCUUGUUUUCCUUCCACUCCUGGCCUUGGAAAUUAUUACGUUAGUUGACAAUUUUAGGAUGUUUGGUGCUCUAAUGCCUGGACAUGGGGAAACAAUCACCGAUGAAGAGAUAUGGGAUAGGCUUCCUCACUUCUGGGUUGCAAUUUCCAUGGUGUUUCUACUAGCAGCUACUUCACUCAUGCUUCUCAAGCUAUGCGGUGAUGCAGUUACUCUGGGGUGGUGGGAUUUAUUCAUUAACUUUGGGAUUUCCCAGUGCUUUGCUUUUCUUGUCUGCAUAAGGUGGUCCAAUCCAAUGGAUAUUGGUGGCCCUGUACUGAUAAUUCCUAUCGUAAUUUCUCAAGUUCUCCUAUGUAUGCGCUUAGAGGGUACUCCAUCUUAUGCACGGUUUAUCCCAGUUCGAGCUAUUUUCUCACCUAUACUUUUGCUCCAAGUGGUUGCUGUACUGUUUGCCAUUUGGAGAUUCUUUGAAAGGCUUGUCAUUAAAUUACAAGAUGGAAUUGUUAGUGAAGGAUAUAUUUCUGUCUCAUCAAAGAUUAAUGAGUUGUUUAUGAUGGUACAAUAUGGUUCAAGGCUUAUUACGUGGUCUAUUGACGAAGAUAGCAAAGAGGAACAAGCACAUUUAUGCUAUACAAAUAACAUUGGGUAUAGUACAUUUUGCAGUUAUCCCCCCGAGAUGGUAAAAGAGAUGCCGAAAAAAGUUCUUGUCAAAGAGAUACAAAGACUUCAGGUAGCAUUGGGAGAGCAAAGCAAAAUGGCAAUGCUUAGCCAACAGCAGUGUGAGAGGCUAAAGAAUGAACGGAUCUUAUGUCGAAUUUGCUUUGAGAGGGACAUCUGCAUUGUUCUGCUUCCAUGCCGCCAUCAUGUUCUAUGCGAACCUUGCUCUGACAAGUGCCAGUCCUGCCCGAUUUGUCGAGUGCCUAUUGAGAGCAAGUUAUCCGUUAAUGAUGCAGUGAAUUCAGACGAUCCAUUAAGUGACAUCGUCUAGAAGUCCACAUGUUUUGACCCUAGGAUUAGAACAUCAACUUCUGGUGUCAGCAGCAACACACUGAUUGGCAGCAUAGGAAGACAAACUAUUCUGGCUUUGAAGUUGAAAAGAAAGCUAGAAUAAGUUUGGGCUCAGAAUGGAGGACAUGAAGAUCAAGAGCCGUACCGCGUGCGCAAUCCCUCUUCUCGAGUGACAGUAUUACAGAAAGAAAGUGCGAGCGGUUGAUUCUCUCUCACCCAUAUAUGGUGCCAGCACGAAUAUCCACUUGAACCACUGAAUUUCCUGGCAAAGGCUGGCAGACGUGUUGCACCUGGACAGUUUUUGAGGAAGUUGUGGUUCUUAACAUCUUAACAGCUGACAGGGGUCGCUUCAGGUUGUUUGAACUGUUGUUUUCAGAGUCCAGACUAUAACUCUCACUUCAUCAGUUCAGACGAGUUUAUCAGCUGUUUGCAGCAAAGUCGCCGCUCUUUCCAGUGUACGUAGUUAGUUACCCAUCUUUCUUGUAAACAAGCAUUUCUAAUUCUGCCUAGUACCUUGGUGCACAUAUAUAGAUAGAUGAGGCAAUAAUGUGCCCCCCAGUUUCUCA